UCUGCCAAUUCAUUCAACAAUUAAGUUCCAAUCAAGGUUUCUAGUCAAUGAAGUGACUUUUCCGUAGAAAUACACAUUUAACAAUUAACUUAAUCAUCUACCUCUCUUUUUAAUUUUCAAGUUCUUAGUUGAUCAUCACAAUUAAUUACCUUUAGUCUUUGCAAACCAAUUUACACUCACAACAACUGCCAUUUACUUUCAAACUGAUUGACAACAAUAAGUAAAUCAACACCAAUCAAUUAAUUAAAUAUCAACAACUACUUAUAAAAUCAUCAUCUACAAAUCAAAUCACCGUUAUACCGAUAAAUUGACUUUAAAUUGUUAGAUAAUUCAAUCAAUCAGUUAACAAGUACAAAGAAAAAAAAAAAUCAACAAAUCAACAAUGUCCACCUUAAGAAUCAGUAAAUCAACAAUUUUAACAACAUUAGCAAUUUGUUUCUCAAUCAUUGGAGUUUCCAGUGAAUCUGGAGUUGGUGCUCGAAAGGAAAACAAUGCCAUUUCCGUAGCCGCUUAUGGUUCGGAUAAAAAUAUAAUCGAUACUCAACCUGUAAGGUGUUCAAUCUGUAAUUCAAUGUCACCCAAAGGAUUAUCGGACGUUGAGGUCCGGCGGAUUGGAGCUGUUGGUCAAGAUUGUAUCACUAAUCCAGAGAAAUUUGUCCAAUCCUGUGACCAAUGGCGAUCUGAUUACGGCUUUGAUCAUCCAUUGAACAAAUCAGUUCGAUUCACUGGUUGUUAUAAGACCGUUUUCACCUACGAACAUGAUAUCGAAGGUAACGAUAAGGAUGAGGAACGAGUAGUUCGAAGCUGUGGUUUCCUCGGGACACCCGGUUGUUUCCGAGCCCCUGGGCAUGGAACCACCCAAAGGAUUUGUUUCUGUCAAGGGCCCGAAUGCAAUGGAUCAGGAGGAUUAAUCCCUGGCUUCAUAAUCUUAAUCAGUCUCGCCUUAUCCUCGAUAUUGUUACGACUUUAGAUUAACGAGCUUCAUCAAUCUCUUUACCUUUUUUUUUUGAUUUUUUUUUCUCCAUUUAAUAUCAUCAGUCAUUAAUUAAUCGACUAAUUAAUAUAUAAAAUAUUAUUCCAAUGAAAGUGCCUAAUAAUAAUUUCUCAUCUCUAA